UUCAAAAUGGCUGUCGUUCUAAUUUCCGGGAGGCUGUUUAGAAACCUACGUGAAUUAAUUACAUUUGUUGUGCUACUGUUAACGAUUUGUCAAAUAGUCUGCUGUAGUACACAUCAUGAAGACAGUGAACAAUAUGUUGUGCGAAUUGAGAGGGAAAUCCAGAAACAAAAUGAUCACAGGAACGUUAGCAGUGCGUUUGACAAUUAUCAAGACAAAUGCCCAAGUUCAGUUGAUGAAUGCUCAGAACUUAGCAAUGAAUACAUAGACUGUAACUAUAAUCUAUCCUGUAUUUAUGGCAAAUCUUCUACUGUUGAAUGUCGGCCCAAGACAGAUAUUGAAUGCUUUGGAGAGCGAGUAUUUGAAAGAACAUUUACAUGUAGGUAUUGUUAUCAGAGUGCAUCAUGGGAGCAUAAAUGUACACCAGCUGCAGACUGCAAGGUAAAUGCCAGCCCUCGAAAUAUCAUCAAGGUGAAUUGUACUAUUAAUGAAACUAUCUUGUGUCUAGGAAGAAGAACUUUUUAUAAAACUACACCGUGCAAUUGGACAUCAGGUUAUCGGUACACAACAGCAAUAAUUCUCAGUAUCACCUUGGGUGGAUUUGGGGUUGAUCGAUUUUAUCUUGGAUAUUGGAGGGAAGGUCUUGGUAAACUCUUCAGUUUUGGUGGCCUUGGCGUAUGGACCAUUGUGGAUGCAAUCUUAGUAGGCAUUGGUUACAUCACACCAGCAGAUGGUUCUGUUUAUAUAUUCUGAUUGGUCAUUCAUGAAUGAGUACAGGUGUAUGUCACUAUUUUAACCAAUUGUUUGCAUACUGAACUCUGAUCUACACAUGAUGGUGAACUCUGACCCACACAUAGAGAAUGGUUGAUGAGAAAUGACAUUGGAUCAGUGAAGUAACAUUGACUUUGUGAAAGUGGAGAUGACAUUGAUUGUGAUAACCAGUCAAUCAAUGGAAGUCCCAUUGUAUAUAUAGUGACUGAAUUCGGCCGAGUUCUAUUUAUUAGAAACAAUAACGCAUUGUUAUACAUAGAAUCAGCAUCUAAUCGGAAAGUACAUGAAGAAUUAGAAUUGAGGUUGUCACUAUGCUGAAAUGUCAAACUCUAUGCAACAUAAAACUUAAUGUGUGCAGCAUACCUGCAUGCAGAUUCACAGUUAGGCAAUAAAGCAACUUGGAUUUCAUAACACAGAUGAAUCAUAUUAAAAUUGUGGAUUUAUGCGCAGUCUUGUCCAUACAUUAUAUGAUAACUGACUAGCAUGUUAUACCGAUUGACCAAUGAAAACAUGCGGAUAUUUCAAGAGAUAAUACAUGAACAGAAGAUGUAAAUAUUUUUGUUACUGCUUCUAAAUUACUUUGUACUAAACAAGAUCAAAUCAGGGAAAACAUGUACCGUAAAAUCUGUAUUAGAAGCCGUAUCCCUAAUAAAAGUCGCAUCCAUUCUUUUUGAAUAAUUGAGAACCAAAAAUUCAUCAUUUCUCAUACGUGUAGAUGCUCCAAUAGAAGCCGCAUCCCCUCUGUUGCAUUGUAACAUUUUAAUAGAAGCCGCAGUUUCUAAUACAGAUUUUACAUUACUGGAACAGCUUCAUCAUUUGUGUAAACUUAAUUCUUGCAUUUCUUUAUCUCACAGCACAGCACCACAAGGGACCAAUUUAAACCAAAUGUAACCCUGUGAUCUUCCAAACUCGAAAAAAUAAACUUCAUUGGAAGGAAGUUAUUUUUUGUGCAUAACCUUAUAAUCAAAGAUAAUUCAUGAUCACAUUAUUCAUAUGUCAUUUGUGACCAUGAUUUAUCUAAUUGGUACCACUAUUAUUGCAAUCAAAAACUGUUGGUGGUCGUCUGAAUAAACAGUUUCAUUCUACAUCAUAAUCAUUUGCUUCAUAUUAUAUUUGUGCCUGAAUUCUACUAUAUUCAUGUACCAAUAAGCACAACACUCUGAUUAUGCAUUCAUAAGUCAUAAAAAUUAACAAUUGGCAUCUUCUCUUGGAACUGUGGGAUUUAUUGUCAAGAUAUUGUACAACAAGCAAAGAAAGACACAGUUUAGUUUUUAUAACAAAAAUAUUAAUAAAUCCAAAAUAAAAGGCAAAGCAAGAUUUCCAGUCAUUGAUUUUCAUGAAAACAGAAAAAACAACUUCUUAGCAUCA